AUGAAACUGCUGCAAGGAAAGUACGGCGUUGUCACGGGAGGUGGAAGUGGCAUCGGUCGUGCCAUCUGCCAUCGGUUAGCUGAACAUGGAGCGAGCAUUAUGGUGGUUGACAAAAAUGAGAAAAGUGCGGAACAGGUUUAUAAAUCACUCGUCAUUAAGAGCAAAGGUGAAUCAAAACAUUCAUGGUUCAAGUGCGAUGUUUCGCGAAGUAAUCAAGUAAAGUCUCUGGUUGAGUUCACAACCGAACGAUUCGGUAAUACACCAAAUAUAAUUGUCAAUUCAGCUGGAACAAUCAAUGAUUCAUUAUUAGUGAACAUGACUGAAGGACAGUUUAGCAACGUAAUCGAUGUUAAUCUCAAAGGAACAUUUUUGGUAAGAUCACAUAUUUUCCAUUCAUUAGAAUUCAUGACCAGAACAGCAGUCUUUCUUUCAGAUAUAUUACCUCAUUACCAACGUUGUGUAUCGAUGACAAAUGAAAGAAGGUGGUACACUAACAUCCAAGAAAAAAUAUGA